CCCCAUCUUCCCUUUCCCUCCCCCUCCCCGGCUUCCCCGGCGGUCCUUCUCUUGUCCCCGCUACCCAUUGGAGAGGCCAUGCCGCCUUUUGGGCCUUCUCUCUCGCAUCUGAGUUUAUUGCUUGGUAGGAUACUUCCCUCUGGACCCUGGGACCCUCACACUGGACUGACAGUGGUCCCCGCCUAGCAAACGUCUUAUCGUCACCCUGACCUCCCGUUCCCGACCACUCCCUCCAAUUGUUCACCUUUACGUCCAACAUGCCACCCCAUCUACACCCCCGAUCGCGGUCAACAUCCUCCCUUUUCGCCGGGACGCUCCUUGCGUCGCUGGUCGUUGUUGGCCUGCCGCACGUCUUUCCCUGUCCUGCCCCGCGUCGCACAUUCGCCGAUUCCGAGAUGGUAAUGUCGGCAGAUGGUCAGCCCAUCCAAAGAACUCGGAGACGGCGCCGGAAGGACGACGAAAUGCUCGGUCCAGACGACAAUGCGCUCGUCCGAGCCCAGCCCACUGCCGAUGAAGAGGUGUCUACGUUCCUACAAUUGGAAGAGGAGGCACAGAGAUUGGCCAAGGCGGGCCACGAGUGCCCUGUUCCAAAGCCUCGAGACACCGAGAUUGACUGGACUACGUAUAUGCAACAAAUCUCGCUAUAUUUAUCUGGAGAACGCGACUACACUCUAAUCAAAGGAUCCACUGGACCUCUCGUCUAUCCGGCUGGCCAUGUGUACAGUUACACCUUUCUCUACCAUCUCACCGAUGAGGGGCGCGAUAUUCUUCUCGGACAGAUCCUCUUCGCUGUACUCUACUUGAUUACUCUUGUGGUGGUGCUGGCUUGUUAUAGACAGUCGGGAGCUCCGCCGUAUCUGCUUCCGCUCCUAGUUCUCUCCAAGCGACUACAUAGCGUUUUUGUCCUGCGGUUGUUCAACGAUGGCCUGGCGGCGCUUGCUAUGUGGGUUGCCAUUCUGUUGUUUCAGAAUCGGCAAUGGACUGUUGCCGUCAUUGUGUGGUCUCUGGGUGUGGCGGUCAAGAUGACACUGUUGCUUCUUGCUCCGGCGAUUGCUGUGGUCACUGUGCUCAGCCUGUCUCUUUUGCCCAGCAUUCGGCUUGGUGUUCGGGCGGUGCUUAUCCAGGUGUUACUCGCAAUGCCAUUCCUACAUAAUAACCCGGCAGGAUACCUCUCGCGGGCAUUUGAGCUAACCAGACAGUUCAUGUUCAAAUGGACGGUGAAUUGGAGAUUUGUUGGCGAAGAACUAUUUCUAUCCAAGAAGUUCUCCCUGGCGCUGCUAGCGGUACAUGUUGUUCUGCUGGGCGCUUUUGCUGUCACUGGUUGGCUGAGGCCCUCCGGAUCUAGCCUGCCCGUAUUCAUCAAGAAUCUUCUGCUGGGUCAACAACGCACGGUAUCCCUCUCCAAAUCCUACAUCAUGACCGUGAUGUUAUCGUCUCUUGCAGUCGGCUUGUUGUGCGCAAGGUCCCUUCACUAUCAAUUCUUCGCCUAUCUGUCCUGGGCCACCCCCUUCCUUCUCUGGCGCGCAGGUUUCCACCCUGUCCUGCUGUACCUCACAUGGGCAUUGCAAGAGUGGGCUUGGAACGUCUUUCCCAGUACCGACCUCAGUUCCAUGGUUGUUGUCAUCUCACUUGCUGCCCAGACUUUCGGCGUCCUUGCGAAUGGCGCCAGCGCCUUUGAUACCAUGCGUUUGAAAGAUAGCGGUAAAGAGCAUACUCAAUAG